AGUCUUUUGCGUAAACCAUAACCAUUACCACACAGUUCGGAAUAUCGGAACAGUUAUAGCAUGGCGUUCUUGGACGAUGAGGAUGCCAUGCGCGCCUUUGAGGCCACGCUUAACUUUGUGGAGGAGUACGCGAAUGACUCGCUGAACCCGCCUUCCCUCCCUUCGCUCAUCGACAGCUCCGAUGCCUCCAGUUCUUUGGCGUUCCGAUUGUCGGAUGCCAUCCCGUCGGAAUUAUUAGAGGAUGAUAAUGCCUCUACCACCAAUACGUCAAUGACCCUGCCGCUGGUAAUGGCAGAGCAGCUUGCAAACUCAACUGCAGCUGGAUUCCAGAUAGGAACAUCGUCGGCUCCGAAGCCUCAGCCGUCCAAGCAGCGCAAGUCGAACCGACCUAGAAAACCGCAAGCGAAUCCGAAUCGCGUUCGGAAUGAGCUCCGAUUCGAAUUGGCUUAUCUUCGUGAGAAGGUGUCACAGUUGGAGCAGGAGCUGAGCUCAUUACAGUUGAAUACAGAGGUGAAGAUACUGCGUGACGGAAGAACAAAGCAAAAUGGCGAUGCGGUGUCGAAUACGCAGCUCGCCAGCUCGCCGCAGGUGCUUGGUGCUUGGAAAGGGAUAGCUGGACGACAGAGGCAGAGAAGAGAGGACGCUGAGCGCGAAAAUGCGAGACUGAGAAUCAUUGUAGAGCGUCAGCGGAAGGUGGCAGUUGAUUUGAGCGAGUUAUUGCGGAAACGAAUGACGGAAUGCGCGAAUGUCAGCGACCCUUAUGUAUCUGAACGGCGCUUGAGUCGCGUGAUUGACUUCCGCGGGGAUACUGGAGAGUUCCAAGAGCUCUUUCAGCACCUGGAAGACGCUUACCUCGAAGCAGACGACGUGCUUCAAGCCAAUGGACUUGCGACGAUGGACAUUCCGACACAUGAUGUGCAUAUCCGUGAAGGCGUCGGCGGCAAAUAUCUCGAGUUUUUCUCCAAUAAGGCACUGCCGUUUCCCUUGCAACAAACUUCGGAGGCAGCUUGGGAUCAUUUCAAGGGAGUAGACAAACACUGGGGCAACGGCGGACUGUACGAGAAGGCCACUAAGAACCUCGACCAGCCCUAUACAGUUCUUGAGGACUUUACGAAGGAAAUGUUCUCUAACAACUCAAAGGCGGACAUGCAGUUGAAGCAGAUUGUACGACGCUAUGUCGAUCCAGAUCGCGACAUCAUUGUAUUCGUUUCCAAAGUGUCGCCUAUUGAGAUCAAGAACAAGGCGAUCGCAGGACUCACUUACCACCUCCGAGGCUACGUCAUCACCAAGAAAUCGCCAGUCUCCGUUCCUGGCCAUGACCUCUCGCUGUUGCAGUUCUGCUCACGCAUCUCCAUCGAUAAGGAGCCCGGCGUGAGCUACAAUCCUAACCACAUUCGUGCACUCACCCGGUUCUUGAUCGGCAACACCGUCGGCAACAUCCGAUGCUACCAGGAGAGAAUCGAGAACGCUCUGGUCGAUCAAAAUUUGAGGAAACAGCUUGUCGUGAGCUUCUAAAAAGGAAACUUCACUGUAGAUUCAUGUAACUUGAGUAAAAAGAAAUAGUCCUGUUCCAGAUCGUUCCUUUCUGAUAC